AAAGCUCGCUGAGCGGCGCAGUUUCUACAUCCACUCUGCCCUGCACUUCCGCGUUUUACGCUCAUCCACAUUAUUUACAGAUCUACCAAUCGCCAUCGCCGGACUCUGUUUGAUGCUUUUAUGCCAAAAUGUGAUGAUGGUGCCGUAACCUAGCUGGUGCUGCCUCUGUCACAAUAGCUGGUUAACUGGGUAAUCCUUGCAGGAUAGUGGGUCUCACAGGACGUUUUACGCGUUGACCUUUGACUGGCAGCGAAUGACAAAUCAAAGGUCGGUGCCUGAGAGCGGAGCCCGCGGUUUCAAAGCGCAUCUCCACCAGCACAUCUCCACCGGCACAAGACGGUGAUCCCGGGAAAGACUGAAAUGAAAGAAAGCUCUCUGAAAGUUGGUCGAUAGCGGCGGAGAUAGCUUCAGUGUCGGCAGAGGGAGCAGCAGCAGCAGCAGCAGCGGUAGCAGCGGCGGCAGCGCCACACUCGCAGGCUCCAUAGCGGCCACCCUCGGACCGAAGGCGGGCCCACUGAGAGAGGAGGACUGCAGCACCAUGGACAGCUCAGAUAUGGAUGCCAACUAUGGCGGAGGACUGUUGGAUAUGGUGAAGGGAGGAGCUGGGAAGUUCUUCAGCAACUUCAAAGAUAACUUGAAGGACACGCUGAAAGACACCUCCACCAAGGUCAUGCAUCAGGUUGCCACGUACACUAAAGGGGAGCUGGAUAUUGCCUACAUCACAUCUCGGAUCAUAGUGAUGUCCUACCCAGCGGAGUCGGUGCAGAUCGGCUACCAGAACCAUGUAGAGGACAUCCGCUCCUUCCUCGACAGUCGUCAUGCCGACCACUACACUGUCUUCAAUCUAUCACAGCGUAACUACCGCGGCGCCAAAUUCUCCAACAGGGUUUCAGAGUGUAAUUGGCCUUCUCGCCAGGCUCCCAGCCUCCACAACCUGUUUGCUGUGUGUAAGAACAUGCACAACUGGCUCAAACAGAAUCCCAAAAAUGUGUGUGUCAUCACCUGCUCGGAUGGUCGUGCUUCCUCGGGUGUUUUGGUUUGUGCCAUGUUCUGCUUCUGCCACCUCUUCAACAAUCCGGUUCCUGCCAUGCAGUUGCUCAGUGCCAAGAGACCAGGUUCCGGCCUCUGGCCGUCACACCACAGGUACAUAGGCUAUGUGUGUAGCAUGGUAUCAGAGAAGCCCAGUCUACCACACCCCAAGCCCCUGAUGAUCAAGGGUCUCACCGUUACUCCGGUCCCCUGUUUCAACAAGCAGCGCAGUGGCUGUCGGCCCUUCUGCGACGUCCUCAUCGGGGAGACAAAGAUCUUCACCACUGCACAGGAGUACGAGAGGAUGAGAGAGCACAGGGUCCAAGAGGGUAAGAUAGUUUUCCCUCUGGGUGUGAGUGUGCAAGGAGACGUCAUUGUUUCAGUCUACCACAUGAGGUCUACCAUCGGUGGACGACUGCAGGCCAAGGUGUCCAACACCCAGAUCUUCCAGAUCCAGUUUCACACUGGCUUCAUUGCUCCUGGUACCACCAUGUUAAAGUUUAACAAACCAGAGCUGGAUGCAUGCGACUCUCCUGAGAAGUACCCCCAGCUUUUCCAUGUGAUACUGGACGUGGAGGUGGAGGGGGUGGAUAAGCAAAAAGACCUGACGCCACCGUGGGAGCAGUUCCCCUGUAAAGAUCUCAACCCCAAUGUGCUCUUCUCCUGCCAUCAGGAGCAUCAGGACGCACUGGCUAUUGCUGAGCCAAGUCGGCCUCAUGCAGGUGCAGACAGUCGGGGCCAUGGUGAGGAGAGCGAGCCCUCGGAUGAUGAGAUGCUCUCUCUCUCCAGCCAGCGAAGCAACGCCGGCACGGCCCCGCAGAGACCCGAACCCCCUGCUUCAAUGGCUGCCGCCCCUACACCUGCCGAAGAAGUGGAUCUUCUUGGCCUCGAUGAGAUGAACCGACCUUCAUCUCAUCCCCCUUCUGCUGCAGCCGCAACUACUGACCUCCUAGGGGACUUGUUCGGGGGCCCACCCCAGCCAACCAGUGGGGCGUCAUCUGCCCAGUCCACCCCACAUAAAGUAGUCCCAAACACUGCCUCGCCAUGUCCCUCUCCUGCACCAACAGCAUUUGAUCCCUUUGGGACGGGUCCCAUGCCUAAGCCUCAGGACAUGAUGGGUUCAUUCCUUGGACCAGGUAAUGUAGGGCAGCCAGACCCCUUCCUGCAUGCUGCUCGCUCUCCAUCACCCACCCUGCAGCCUACAAGCUUGGGCCGGAGUUCACCCGUCCCGCCUUCCACCCCAUCCGUCAAUAUUCAGCAGCAAAACGCAAAGGGAGGAUGGGACUGGAACAGACCUGCCACAACAAGCACAGGAGCAGGCUUUGGUAUGGGCAGUCGGUCAGCCACUACUAGCCCCACAGGCUCGGUCAACAGCACCCCCACCCACCAAAACAAGCCAAACACCUUGGACCCGUUCGCUGACUUAGGAAACCUCGGGGGAAGCCUUGGAGCAGGCCCUAGCUUCUCCAGCAAACCCACCACUCCUACUGGAGCCGCCCCUUCCCUCCCUCCCAUGGGCUCCCCUUCGCGACCUCCUCCAUCUCCCCAGCAUGCAGAAGGGUGGCAGGCCAACGCAGGAGCCGGCUUCCCAUCGUGGCAGCCAGGUGCUGGAGGCGGUGGAGGAUGGCAACACCAAGGACAGGGCCCUGCCCCGCAGCCAAAGCCCAGCCCCAGUCACACCCCCAUGACUCACACGUCGCCCCAGAACCGACCCAACUACAACGUCAGCUUCUCUGCAAUGGGGGGAGGCUCGCCCAGUGCUGGGGCCAAAGCACAGGCUAGCAUGGGUUCUAAGCCCAAAGUCUUGCAUGCCAACUUUGAUGACCUGCUAUCUGGUCAGGGCUUUGCAGGGGCCAAAGAUAAGAAAGGGCCCAGGACUAUAGCAGAGAUGAGGAAGGAGGAGAUGGCCAAAGAGAUGGACCCAGAGAAAAUAAAGAUUCUGGACUGGAUCGAGGGGAAGGAGCGUAACAUCCGUGCUCUGCUGUCCACCAUGCACACUGUGCUGUGGGAGGGGGAGACGCGCUGGAAGUCUGUGGGCAUGGCUGACCUGGUUACUCCGGAACAGGUUAAAAAGGUCUACCGCAAAGCAGUCCUGGUCGUUCAUCCAGAUAAGGCAACAGGAAAGCCCUAUGAACAAUAUGCCAAGAUGAUUUUCAUUGAACUAAAUGAUGCCUGGUCAGAAUUUGAAAGCCAAGGACAAAAACCCCUCUACUGAAUAAACAGAGGAAGUGAGCGAGGAGAGUUAUCCAAUCCAAAAAAUGUGUCACCAUUUCUGGUCAACAUACUUCAGCCACACCCUACAACAUCUGCCUUUAUACCUGUGCUUUGACCCGUACUUCUCUUCUCACCACACACAAACACAGAACAUCCAGUUGAUCUGCAAGACGGCAAAAGACUACAGAACUCCAGCCUCCAGACGAACAGUGUGACUGAACAAACAACUCCCCGUAGCUCAAUUGUACCUUCCCACUGUAUGUAUGUGGUGCAACAUUGCCCUUUCUCUGUUUGUCCUUAGCCCCGAAACACACCCGGCAAUCAAAGCAGAGUCACCGGGACGUCUAGAAAAACAAAAGAAACGCUUGAUUGAGGGGAGACAGAUCAAAAGUGAGCGAGAGACGACGGACACACAUGAUAAGAUAAAAACACAUCAGGGAGAAAAUUGAACAAGCGUUUCACAGACGGCUGUCAGUAAAGGAUUCAGAGCGCCAGCGUAGUCUGUAAGGCACAAAUAAGCAUUCAACAGCAUUUAGCCACAAAACAUUCUGCUGUACUUUGUGUGAAAAUUGGAUCCACGAUCAGUUCUGUCAUGUCAAAUUCACAAUUGAAUGUUCUUCGAAGGACAAAAAAGUCAAGUUACAAUAGGUGUGUCACUGACAAACCUGCUUUUCAUCCAAAACAGGUUGUUUGGAACUGUAAAUUUACAAUCUAUCUUAUUUAGAAAAUUGUAAUGAAAGUGCAAAGAGAGUGAAAGCAAACUGCUAUUAGCACUUUUGACAGUAACUGAAUACUGGUUGGCUUCCAUCUCCAUGAGCCUUAUUUAUUUAGUCUGCUGGGGAUAAUUGAAAAAGAAAAUGAAUGGGGCUCUAAAAUAAAAACACUGGACAGAGGGCUGCUACAGUUUAGGUUGCCGACUUAAUGUUCAGAUGUCAGAUUGACAAAAAGGUGCUUGUACUGGAAGAGUGAUUCAUUUUUGGUGUGUCUGAUGUAAUCAAGCCUUGUGUGUUUCCACGUUUGAGGAAACUGAGGAUUGUAUACUGUAUUUUAGGGUCAACACAUGUACAACAUGGAGCACCUCGGGGCCUCAUGCCUACUCAUUCAUAAAUGAACACAUGUAUUUUUGCAAGGGAGCUCUGUGAAAGCACAAACUUCACUCGGUGCAGCUUUGAAGGAAAGCCAUUGUUAUUUAUUUAUUUGUUCACUUAUUGCUUUUUUUCAUUUUGUUGUUUUGUGUAUCAGACCUGCUGCAUUUUUUUGUGGUUUAAAAGAACUGAACGUCAUCAGCUAAUGUAUGUAAAGGACAUGUUUGGGAUUUGAGGGCCAUCAGUCAUCAACUGACUGACAAGCUAGCAAAACAUGGGAAUAGCUGAACAGUUGAUGAUACAAGGAUGUAAAAUAUCCUCACACUGUAGGAUGAUAAUGUAAACUGUUGGAGAGAGAAUUAAUGUGGUUCACAUUAUCACAUCUCAAAUGACUACUUUCACUCAGAAUCUACUUAUAUCUGCUUACAUUUCAACACUUUAUCAAAACACUGAUUUGCAGUGAUUGUACAUUGGUUUUAAAAAAAAAAGAAAAAAUACUUUAUGGAAUUUGUUUAUGUUUGUGAGAUAUUUUCCAUCUCAGCACUGACACUUUUUUUUGAUAGUUGAUCAUUAUCAUGCAGCUUUUUGUCUGGCUGAGUAAUACUGUCAUGCAUCUCAUAUCAACAUCAAAUUACACGACACAUGGCUUGACAUGUUAGUUUGAAUCCAGAGCAGAUUUGAAUUCUCUCCAUAUCAUUUCACAAAUAUUCUGAUGUGAUUGUUCCUUUGUAUGUUGGAAAUUGACUCCUGACAUUGUCUCCUUGUGUAAAAAGUGUUUCACAGUCCUGGGAUGAAGCCCAUGGGCCAAUGACAAACAUAUGCAAAAACAGAAUAUGUAAUUACCUAUUGGAAAGCGGAAACUGACGCAAUUCUCAAUCUUUUUUAGGUGUUUGAAGUUUCACAGGAAUCCAAUGAUCCUAUAACAUCUUCCGCCUCCAGCUUUGCGAUACAGACAGAGCUCUACUGUAGAAGCCUGUCGAGAUACUUUAUUCUGUUGUUUGACAUCUGUUAUCAAAAACGUGUUUACAGUCAAUUUUCACACGCACAAAUUGAGCAGAAUAUUUGCCUUUACAUGUUCAUGAACUGUUCUUUAUAUCGAUUUCAUGCUCUCUGGUUCUCUCUAUUUUGGAGAUCUAGGUUGUUAACCCUCAUAACGUUUUUUUCCCCCUUUGUUUGACUUCAUUGUUACCCAGGAUUCACAUUGGCUGUGUUGAGGAUUUUGACUGGAUAUACUGAGUAUGACUGCUUUAAAGUGCUGUUUCUUUAACUGGACAGAGCGUCUCGACUGAAAUGGGUCCCUGGACAAGACUCUGGGUCUCAGUCAGAAAAGGCUGAACUCUGAUCUGGAGGCUACUGCUUUCUUUGGUGACUUACCAGACACAGGAAGCUUGUAGUAUGUGCUCCUGUGCUCUAUUUACACUGAGGACCUACAUGUGAAAUAACCCCCAUAAGCUCCCUCACUGACUGAAUUCUCUAUCUGCAAUCUUACGGCUAUGUUAAAAAGCUAACCUCUAUACUGUAGUCAAUGGAUGUGUGUUGGUUGAAGUUGUGGUAUGUAUGGAAGUGAUCAGAUUUGUAAACAGACUACUGUACGUUAUGUGUUUGCCUGUCUGCUGUUCAAGUAUUACUAAACUGUGUACAAAUUAUGUUCAUGUGUUCCUUUUCAGGUCUGUUUACCGUUACAAGAUGUACAUAAUGAUCAAGUGCAGUGCACAACAAUAAAUAGUAAACAGAAAACAGAAGCAGCAUU